GGAAACAAGCGGCCUCGAAGGCAUACCCUUCUCUUCGACACCGGACCGUCUCACGCAGCCUGGAUCCACAACGCAUGUGCCCUCGGCGUUCGCUUGACGAAAAUCGAUCUAGUAGUCCUCAGCCAUUGGUGCCGCAAUCACGCUGGCGGGAUAAAGCGCGUUUCAGAGCGCAUAGCUCGCGGAUACGGAUGGCCCGCUCCGGUCGCUCUUCCGCCUGCCCUGAUCAUGGACGUGCCAGCUAGAUGCCCAAGGCCACGGGGUAAGAGAACACCACCAGAUACACCUGCGAGCUUUCAGCCCACACCGACCAUCCCCGAUUUCAUCAACGGAGGUAGAGGCGCGAGGGCGGAUAGACAUGACGACGACCACCUGGUCAUGAGCCAAUGCUUCAUGGUCUCAGGCGAGAUUCCCCGAAACGUGGACUACGAGGGCAGGCCAGAGGAUACCAUGCAAGUAAUACAGGAGGACGGUCGCUUUACGAAAAGACCAGACUGGAUACAAGAGGAACGCUUUGUCGCAUGCAUCGUCAAGGGAAAGGGCCUAGUUGUUUUCGCGCCGUGCUCGCACGCUGGCAUUGUCAACACGGUGGAGCACGCCAUGACUGCUACUGGUCUCAGCAGCGUUUACGCCAUUGCAGGCGGCUUCCAUCUCCGCGAUGCCAGCUAUUUGAUAGUCGACCAAACCAUCAAGCGCCUCAAAGGAUACGGUGUGGAAAUUGUCAUCGCAGGCCAUUGUACAGGGAAACAUGCCAUCGACAGACUCCAGGACGAAUUUGGAGAUCGUCUCUGGCAGAGCUUUGUGGGAGCGGAAUUCACAAUC